AUGGCAGAUGAAUCAUCGAAUAACAUUAAUGAAUCUUCAUUAGAUGAGAGUGUCAUUAAUUUGAAUGAUGACCUUCCAAUGGAGUCAUCCGAGCACUCGUUCAGCUCAGUUGAUCAACCUUUAUCAGCCAGUGCACAACAACGUUUAUCCCAUUCACAUAGAAGAACAGGCUCUUUGACAUCAUACAGAAGAAGUGUAGACAAUGAGAGCGUCGUACUGUCGGGGACAUUCUUCAAUAUCGAUGAUAAAUCAGCAUCAGGGGUUUAUUCACCAUUGGGACCAAACUCGAUAUAUGAAUUGACUGUGGGAUCUGAUCAGGCUAGGUCCAGGAAAAACAAAGCACCAAGAAGUUCAGUAAAGUUGAAUGGUGGAAUGACGCUUGUGUCUAAUUUAAAUACGCCAACGUCGCAUGAUAUCCCUCAGAUACAAUUAGAAAGAUUGAAAAAGAAAGUUUCAAAUCGGCAACUAGAGACUCGAUUUGUUGAUGAUAUACUUGACGAGUAUAAAAAAUUUGAGGAGAGCUAUAAAGCAUUGACGGAGGAAUCAUUACGCAAGUUAUCCAACUCAGACAAUAGUACAGUUUCUGCAUUCUCUUCCUCUGAGCAGAUUGAUCUGAACAAUCUGCUAUCAAUGAUUCCAGAAGUGUUUCUUGAACCUGAUUUCAAGCUCGAUGAUCCAAGAACAUUCAAAAAGGUGUUGGAAAAUACCAACCUCAAGUUGGAGGAGGACCAUAUUGUCAAUGAUACAGGGCUACAGGAGAAAUUUUCAAACUACUUGGACAGCGUGGAAAUAAGUUUGAUAUCGGAGAUUGAAAAAUCAUCGGAUUCGUUCUUUGAUGCGAUUGGUGACAUUGAGAAAAUACAAUCAAAAUCGGAUCAAUGUGUACAGGAUUACAAUACAUUGAUGAAGAAGCUUGAUUCACUUGAAAAGAACCAAGCCAAACAAGGGUUGCGAAUUCUCGAACUGAUGCUUCGCAAACAAAAUGUAGAGGCAUUGGAAAGAACCACGAUACAACUUCAGUACGUUACGACAUUAUUCCAGCUAGCAAACAUAUCAUUUCGUGACGAUGAUUACUUUAAAUGCUUGAAUGAAAUUGUUGCUACGGAGACUUUAAUUGCUGGAGUGGAGCUUGAAAAUGUGGAGGAUCCAGAAAUAAGACGCAUUUACCCACGUAUCAAUGUAUCCAAUUUGAGCGACGUUCCUGCAUUAAUACAUAUAAGAAACGAUUUGCAAACUUUAAAGACGGACUGUUCAAAGAAAUUUACUGAUGACUUUGUUGAACUUCUUUUGAAUGAUCUCAGGUCCCAUUACCACAACGUGCCUCCAAAAGACACGCUAAAUCGAAUGUAUUCCAAGAUGGAUAGCUCUCGAAAAUACGCAUCUAAUUCUUUCAACACAUCCUAUCUCGAUUUGAAAGAGGGAGUGAAACAAAAGUUGAGAGAAUACGUGGGAUACUUGGCAAAAUCCGGUCAACUCGUCAAUGCUUACACAGUUUAUCAAAACCAAUUCAUGGGAGAAAUAAAAAAUAUCAUCAAACAGAAUCUACCCACUCAAAAACAAGAAGAAUUAUCGCAAACAUCAACGGAGAGUUCGCCUGCGCCUAAUCAAAUUGAAAGUAAACCCAACCCGCUUAGUACUAACAUUAGAAUACUCACACCAAAGGAAUUUGAAAGUAUGCUUGCAGAGACGUUUGCUCAAUUGUCGGAAUGUUUGCGAAGACUUUCAGUACAUCAGAAACUCUUGCUUGAUGUUGCACUAAGUAGCAUCCCUCCUACAUCUAAUGUUAAUAUUAUGUCAUUGGACAUAACCAAAGCAAUUCACAAAGCAAUUGAGUUGACCCAAAUCCGCUUAAUGAAGGUGAUGAACGUGCGUCAAGAGCAAAUAACUGACUUGCCACUCUCAUUGUACCUCCGUUUGUAUUCGAUAACGUCAGCAUAUUUGAAUGAAUGUGAAAUGAUAAAUCCAUCAUUUGAGUUUACUGGCGCGGGAAAUGUCUUGAAAGAGUGGUUUCCCAACAAGUUGGUCUAUUAUAUACACAGGCUUCAUACUAAUCUUUCUAGACUGGCUGCCAAGAGUUGUAUGAGUGAAACUUGGAAAGUUUUGGAUGACCCCAAGGUUUUGCAACCUGCUCAAAUUGCCUUGAACGAGGUUUCCGGUUACACGGAGUUUAUCCAAUCGACUGGUACAAAAGGAUUUUCUGGAUCUGAAUGGUUGUCAUCCAUGGAUUUUUAUGAUGCAGGAGUUUCUGAUGAAGUUUCCCCAAAGGAGGAGUCAUCAGCUACCAAGUUGAACAUUUAUGGAGAUGAAUUCAUGGUUCCUAAUUUGGCCGUUGUUGUUCUGGGGCAUGUCAAGGAGUAUAUGGCUGCGUCUAAAGCCUUUCCCAAUCAUUCGCUCGAGAUUGAAAACAACCUUUUGGUUUACUUCCGUGACUUGAAUUCAAGAGUUUCACAAGCAGUUUUGGGAGCUGGUGCAACAAGAACCGCAGGAUUAAAGCACAUCACAACAAAGCAUUUGGCACUUUGUACUCGAUUUAUUGAAUUCAAUAUUGCGUUGCUUAGCGUUGUACAAGGCGGUUUUAAAGAAGCACCUGAACAAACUGAGCAGUUAACAUUCAAGAAAAUGAUUGGUGAGUACAAGGGCCAUGAGACUGAAUUAUUUGCCAAGGUUAUCACAAUUAUGGAGGAAAGAACAGUCUCAAAUUGUAACAAAUUGCCGGAGAUAAAUUGGGCUGAACCAAUCAAGCAUCCUCAACAGUGCCAUCCAUACAUGGAAAGUCUAGUUCGGGAUACAUUGACUGUUGCCAAAGUUUUGAUGAGAUACCUACCGGAAGCAAAGUAUUCAAUAAUUCUUCUGCGAAUCUUUGACAAUUACAAACGACUUUUCGUCGAGGCAUAUUGCACAAGGCUUCCACCAUUCAAAGACUUUAAUGAAAAACACAAUGUUCUUCGAGAUGUUGAUUAUUUUAGAGUCAAGUUGAGUGAUAUAUCUGGUUACAAAAAUUCUGGUCAAGUGAUUUGGGAAAAUGUCAAUCUGAUGCCUACAGAGGAGGAUACAAAGAUGGAUGAAGUGAUGCUUAGUAACACCAUUGUCGAGGCAAAGCAAGAACCAGCCGCGAAACUGAGAAAUACUUUUGAACGGCUUGUAUCAUCUGCAAGGAGCUCUUUUGAAAGGGGACCUGCCGCGAAACAGGAGUCACCUCUUGGGCCAACAGAAUCAAAUAGUAGCAUCAAGGAAGAAGAUGAAAAAGCAAAUGAGCCAGUUGCAGAAGAGGUUCAAACUCAAGAGGAUGGAAAGAUGUCCGAAGAUGAUUCAAACGUGUUGUUUAACGCCGAUGUUGUUGAUGACCAAGAGUUGAAGGAAGAGUCUUCUGCGGUGGUGGAAAAUGACAAAGAACAAACUGGCUCUAAUCCAGUGAAACAAGCUUUUGAAGGAGACUCAGUGGACGAAGGUAAGAAAUCGGAUAAUGGAAAAGUGGCAACUAAUACAAUUGUACUGUUGCAAGCACCUAACAACAGCAAAUCAAAUGACACAGAGAAGAAUGCCACUCAAGAAGUAGCAGCCAGUAACGAGCUUCCGACCAAUAAGGAACCCAUAACUAAACUCACUGACUUGGAAAAGAAAGAGGAUAGAAGAGAUGCGCCAGUGGAGAUGACUAUUUUAGAUGACUCACAGAGAGUGGAUUCGAGUGCACAAUCUGAAAAAGUUGAUGAUCCAGACAAGAAUGAAGCAGGAGAAGAGAAUGGACGAGAUCUUAUUACAAAUGAACAAGGUACUACUACAAGUGAGGUUCCUACUCGAAACCAAACAACAUCUACAAGUAAAGCUCUUUCUACAGACGAAGAAGUUAUUGCCAAUGGAUCAGCAAACAAGGAGAAAUCUUCCUCAAAGAAAACUUCAGAAGGCGAAGAUUCUACAAAUGAGAAAAGUGAAGCUAAUGAACUUCAAAAAGAGCAAGCUAAUGACGCUGAUGAAGUUAAAGAGACAAAACCUCAAGUAGGUCAACUUGCGGAUGCCCAACUUGCAGAUGACCAAGGUGAGAUCGAUAGGAAUUCUACCGAGACCGCCCAAGGAGUUAAAGAGCUCCCAGUAGACGAACCUGCAAAGGACGAACCUGCAAAGGACGAACCUGCAAAGGACGAACCUGCAAAGGACGAACCUGCAAAGGACGAACCUGCAAAUGAUGAACCUGCAAAGGACGAACCUGCAAAGGACGAACCUGCAAAGGACGAACCUGCAAAGGACUCCAAGGUCACGUCGAAGGAUAGUCCCGAUAAAUCUUCCAACAAUGCAUCAAACAAGACCAAGAACCAGAAGAAGAAAAACAAGAAGAACAAGAAGAAGAAGUAA